AUGAAUCGUAUUUGUUUAGUGGCUCUAAUAGGACUACCGGCAGCAGGCAAGUCAUCGGUGUGUACAUAUUUAAGGGAAAUGGAUUCAUUGCCAUUUAAUAUUUUACAUUUGUGCUAUGAUUAUUAUGUAAAUUUUAAUUUGGAUAGUCCUACACAAUACAAAGAACAACGCGAUAAGCUUUUAAAAUCAUUGUCUACAAUUAUACAAACAUUUAAUGUAUCCAAUAACUUAACAGCGGAAUUGAUUGGUAUAAAAAGCCUUUAUAGUGACCACCAACAGAAAGAUGCUGUAAUAUUAUGUGAUGACAAUCAUUAUUACCGCAGCAUGCGCUAUAAAUUAUAUCAACUAGCUAGAGAACAUGGUAUUGGAUACUGUCAAAUAUAUUUGGAAUCUAGCAUAGCGGUGUCUUUAAAGCGUAACAGCUUGCGUAGUGUGGCAACUAAAGUCCCCACCGAUGUCAUUGUGCAAAUGUCUAAACGUUUAGAAGCUCCCAAUGCCGGUGCCCACAAAUGGGAAGAAAAUACUUUAAUUGUUCAAAAUCUUAAUUUGAAUAGAAACAUUUCUAAGAAUAUAAUUUCUCAUAUAAUACAAUUCCUUGAUAAGCCGGUACAGCCUUUACAACUAUCUGUUGCUAAAUCAAAGACACCACAAUCGAUAGUACACGAUUUGGAUUUGCUAAUGCGAAAACGUAUAAAUAUAUUAAUGAGUUCUAAACUGGAGGAAAAUAAGAAACUAUUAGCUAAAAUUCUGAAUGAUAAAAGAAAAGAAAUUUUAAAAGAAUUUCAAUUAAAUUUGAGUGAUAAAUUGGAAGACGAUUUAGAUAUGAAUAAAUAUGUAGAAAUGUUAAAUUAAUUUUUGUUAAAUAAAGCUUAUGUUUUAUAUAAA